CUCUUAUGACUGUCUUCUUGACGACCCUUUCGAACAUGAUUGGCCCAAGCUUCCUGAACUGCCAGGCAUCAAUUACUCCAUGGACGAGCAGUGCCGCUUUGAUUUUGGCGUUGGCUAUAAAAUGUGCACAGCGUUCCGAACCUUUGACCCGUGCAAGCAGUUGUGGUGUAGCCAUCCAGAUAACCCAUAUUUCUGUAAGACUAAGAAAGGACCUCCACUCGACGGGACAGAAUGCGCCCCUGGAAAAUGGUGCUAUAAAGGUCACUGCAUGUGGAAGAACGCUAACCAGCUGAAGCAGGAUGGCAACUGGGGACCCUGGACAAAAUUUGGCUCCUGCUCACGAACCUGUGGAACUGGAGUUCGCUUUCGAACACGCCAGUGCAACAAUCCAAUGCCCAUUAAUGGAGGUGAAGAUUGUGCUGGUGUCAAUUUUGAGUUUCAACUUUGCAAUACAGAGGAGUGUCCGAAGCACUUUGAGGACUUCAGAGCGCAGCAAUGUCAGCAACGCAAUUCCCACUUUGAGUAUCAGAACAGCAAGCACCACUGGCUGCCGUAUGAGCACCCUGACUCUAAUAAGAGAUGUCACCUGUACUGCCAGUCUAAAGAAACCGGAGAUGUUGCCUAUAUGAAGCAGCUGGCACACGAUGGGACUCGCUGUUCCUAUAAAGACCCCUACAGCAUUUGUGUUCGUGGAGAAUGCGUGAAAGUGGGCUGUGACAAGGAAAUUGGCUCCAAUAAGGUUGAAGAUAAGUGUGGCGUCUGUGGCGGGGAUAACUCUCACUGCCGAACUGUGAAGGGAACCUUCACCCGCACUCCCAAAAAGCUUGGGUACCUUAAGAUGUUUGAUAUCCCUCCUGGUGCUCGACAUGUGUUUAUCCAAGAAGACGAGGCUUCUCCUCACUUUCUUGCAAUUAAGAACCAGGCUACAGGACACUAUAUUCUGAAUGGGAAAGGGGAGGAGGCCAGAUCCCGAUCUUUCAUCGACCUGGGCGUGGAGUGGGAGUACAACAUAGAAGACGACAUAGAAACUCUCCACACUGACGGGCCCUUGCACGAUGCGGUGGUUGUGCUGAUUAUUCCUCGGGAGAAUGACACAAGAUCUAGCCUGACUUACAAAUACAUCAUUCACGAGGAUUCGGUACCAACUAUCAACAGCAACAACGUCCUACAGGAAGAAAUAGAUACUUUCGAGUGGGCGUUAAAGAGUUGGUCGCAGUGCUCCAAACCCUGCGGUGGAGGGUUCCAGUACACCAAAUACGGGUGCCGCAGGAAAAGCGAUAACAAAAUGGUUCAUCGCAGCUUCUGUGAAGCCAGCAAAAAGCCAAAGCCCAUUCGUAGAAUGUGCAAUCUUCAGGAAUGCACCCAGCCGCUCUGGGCAGCAGAUGAGUGGGAAUACUGCACAAAAACCUGCGGGAAUUCAGGCUACCAGAUCCGUACCGUGCGUUGCAUUCAGCCCCUUCACGACGGUGCAAACCGCUCCGUCCAUUUCAAGUACUGCGGUGGAGAUCGCCCCGAGAGCCGCCGGCCGUGCAACCGAGUGCCGUGCCCCGCGCAGUGGAAAGCUGGGCCCUGGUCUGAGUGUUCUGUGACCUGCGGGAAGGGAACCGAGACCCGGCAGAUCACGUGCCGUGCCGGUGACCAGUGCGAUGGAGAAAAGCCAGAAUCAGUGAGGGUUUGUAAACUCGCUCCCUGUAAUGAUGAGCCGUGUACGGGAGACAAAUCUAUCUUCUGUCAAAUGGAAGUGCUUGCACGUUACUGUUCCAUCCCUGGCUACAACAAGCUGUGCUGCGAGUCCUGCAGCAAGCGCAGCAGCACCCUCCCACCCCCCUUCCUUACCCAAGCUGCUGAAACUGAAGAGGAGGUGAUGUUUGAUCAGAGCGAUCUGCCUCGAGCUUUGAUGAUGCCGACGCCUGCGGUGCCCCGCUACGCGCAGUUCCUGCCUGGGAGAAGUUCUCUGGGCAGGCCUGCUUUCGCAGAAGAGGACGCAGAUACGCACGUCUCCCCGUCCAACGCCAAGCCCAAAGGUGCUGAAUUUCCGCAGCGGAGAGCUCCUCAGGCAAGGAAGACUUCUAGGCUGUUUGCUUUGCUGCACCAGUCGCCUGCCAACAGCAGCAGUCUCAGUCCUCAGGCCCCUGCCAGUAACACCACAGCGGGCGCUCCUUCUCCAUCGAGAACCUCAAGGAAGAGCGAGAAGGACGUUGAGCAGAGAUGGCCUUCGAGGUCCUCCGCUGUGGAAAGAUGA